AUGGGAGAGGACCGUAAGGUCUACACCGUUAUGGAGAGGGCAAAGGUCUACAAAGUAUGGAGAGGGAAAGUAGGUCUAUACCAGUAUGGAGAGCGAAACAGUAGGUCUAUACAGUAUGAGAGGGACAGUAGAUUAUACCAGUAUGGAGAGAGACAGUAAGUAGGGGUGCUAUACAGCGUGGAGAGGGGGACAGAUAUUACCCCCGCAGGAGAGAGGGACAGUAGGUCAUACAGUAUGGAGAAGGGACCGUAGGUCUAUACAGCUGGAUGAGAGCCAGUAUAUCUACACAGCAUGGGGAGACAGUAGUCUACACAGUAUGGAGAGAGGACAGUAGGUCUACACAGUCUGAGAGGGACAGGUCUACCACAGUAGGGAGAGGGACAGAGGUCUAUACAGUAGGAGAGGCGACAGUAGGUCUACACAGCGUGGAGAGGGAUAGUAUAUCACACAGCAUGGAGAGGGACAGUAUAGUCUAUACAAGCGUGGGGGGACAGUAGGUUAUACAGCGUGUGUGGAGAGGGACAGUAGGUCUAUAAAGCGGUGUAGGGCGACAGUGGGUCUACACAGUAUGGAGAGGGACAGUAGGUCUAUACAGAGUGGAGUGGAGAGGGAACAGUAUAAUCUACACAGCAUGAGAGAGACAGUAGUCACAAGUAUGGAGAGGGACAGGUUACACAGUAUGGAAGAGGCGACGUAGGUCUAUACAGUUGAGAGGAACAGUAGUCUAUACAGUAGGGAGUAGGGACAGUGAUCUAUUACAGUAGGAGAGGGACAGUAGCGUUAGUACCAGCGUGGAGAGGGCACAGUAUAUCUACACAGCUGGAGAGGGACAGUAGGUCUAUACAGUAUGGAGAGGGAAGUAGGUUCUCUAUACAGCGUUGUAGAGGGACCGUGGGUCUAUACAGUAUGGAAGGAGGGACAGUCGGUCUAUACAGUAUGAGAGGGACAGUAGGUCUAACAGCGUGGAGCGGGAAGAGGACAGUAUAUCUACACAGCAUGGAGAGAGACAGUAGAGUAGGUGCUACACAGUAUGGAGAGGGACAGAAGGUCUAUCAGCGUUGGAGAGGGACAGUAGGUCUUAUACGCGUUGAGAGGGACGUGGGUCUAUCAGUAUGGAGAGGGACAGUCGGGGUCUAUACAGUAUGGAGAGGGACAUAGGUCUAUAACAGCGUUGAGAGGAAACAGGUCUAUCUACACAGCAUGGGGAGGAGACAGGCUGGUUUUCUAUACGUAUGGAGAGGGACAGAAGGUCUAUACAGCGUGGAGAGGGACAGUAGGUCUAUACAGCGUGUAGAGGGACAGUGGAGUCUUAUACAGUAUGGGAGCGGGACAGUCGGUCUCUUCUACAGUAUGGAGAGGGACAGAAGAGUCUAUACAGCGUGGAGGUGGAGAGGAGAGGACAGUUAUAUCUUACACAGCAUGGGAGAGAGACAGUAGGUUACACAGUAUGGGAGGACAGGUCGACACAGUUAUGGAGAGGGGAAGUAGGUCUAUACAGUAUGGAGAGGAACAGUAGGUCUAUACAGUAUGGAGAGGGACAAUAGGUCUAUACAGCGUGGAGAGGGACAGUAGGUCUAUACAGCAUGGAGAGAGACAGUAGGUCUAUACAGCGUGGAGAGGGACAGUAGGUCUAUACAGUGUGGAGAGGGACAGUAGGUAUUAGACAGUGUGCGAGGGAGAGGAAGUAGGUCUCUACAGCCGUGGAGGAGGGACAUAGGUCUAUACUUGGGGAGAGGGACAGUAGGUCUAUACAGCGUGGAGAGGGACAGUAGGUCUAUACAGCGUGGAGAGGGAAAGUAGGUCUAUACAGCAUGGAGAGGAAAAGUAGGUCUAUACAGCAUGGAGAGGGACAGUAGGUCUAUAAAGUAUGGAGAGGGACAGUAGGUAUAUACAGCAUGGAGAGGGACAGUAGUAGGUAUAUACAGCGUAGAGUAGAGUGGACCAGUAGGUCUAUACAGCGUUUUAGAGAGGCACAGUAGGUCUAUUACCCAGGGUGGGAGGGGAGAGCACAGUAGGUCUAUACAGUGUGGAGAGGGACAGUAGGUAUAUACAGCGUGGAGAGGGUCAGUAGGUCUAUACAGCGUGGAGAGGGACAGUAGGUCUAUACAGCAUGGAGAGGGACAGUAGGUCUAUACAGUAUGGAGAGGGACAGUAGGUCUACAGCGGGAGAGGGACAGUAUACUAACAGCAUGGAGAGAGAACAGUAGGUCUACAAAGUUAUGGCAGAGGGACAGGUCUCACCACAGUCUGGAGAGGGACAGUAGGGGUCUAACAGUGUGGAGAGGGAACAGUAGGUCAUACAGUUGGAGAGGAGUACAGUAGAUCUAUACGAUAUGGAGAGGGAGCGACACAAGUAGGUCUAUACAGCGUGGAGGGGGGAAGGGGACAGUAUAAUCUACCAGAAUGAAGAGGGACAGUAGGUCUAUAACAGUAUGGAGAGGGACAGUAGGUCUAUACAGCGUUGGAGAGGAGAAAGUAUAUCUACACAAGCAUGGAGAGGAGACAGUAGGUCUACACAGUAAGUAUGGAGGGGGGAAGGUAAAUACACAGUAUGGAGAGGCGACAGUAGGUCUAUUACAUUAUGGAGAGGGACAGUAUAUUUCUACACAGCAUGGAGAGGACACAGAUAGGCUAUACAGCGUGGAGAGGGACUGUAGGUCUUAUACAGCGGGAGAGGGACCCAGUAGGUCUAUACAGCGGUGGAGAGGAAAGUAGGGUAUAUUACAGCGUGGAGAGGGACAGUGGGGUCUAACAGUAAUGGAGAGGGACAGAGGUCUAUACAGUAGGGAGAGGGGAAGUAGGUCUAUACAGCGUGCUGGAGAGGGACAUAGGUCCUAUACAGCGUGGAGAGGCGACAGUAGUCUAUACAGUGUGGAGAGGGGACAGUAGGUAUAUACAGCAGGUUGGAGAGGGGACAGGAGGUUCUAUACAGCCAUGAAGAGAGGACAGUAGGUUCUAUAACAGCGUGGAAGAGGGACACGUAGGUUAUACAGCGUGGAGAGGCGACAGUAGGUAUAUACAGAGUGGAGACGGGCAGUAGGGUCUAUACAAGGUGGAGAGGAUGUGGAGAGGGACAGUAGGGCUAUACAGUGGGCGAGGGACCAGUAAGGUCUCUAUACAGUGUGAGAGGGAAAGUAGGUCUAUACAGCAUGGAGAGGGAAAGUAGGUCUAUACAGCAUGGAGAGGGACAGUAGGUCUAUAAAGUAUGGAGAGGGACAGUAGGUCUAUACAGCAUGGAGAGGGACAGUAGGUCUAUACAGCGUAGAGAUGGACAGUAGUAGUCUUAACAGCGUAGAGAGGCACCAGGAGGUCUAUUACAGGUGGAAGAGGCACAGUAGGACUAUACAGUGUGGAGGAGAGGGACGUAGGUCCUAUACAGCGUGGAGAGAGGGACAGAGUCUAUACAGCUGUGGAGAGGAGACGGACAGGACGGUCUCUAAAACAGUGUGGAGAGGGAAGUAGGUCUAUACAGUUUGGAGAGGGACAGUAGGUCUAGUACAGCGGGGAGAGGGACAGUAGCAGUAGGUCUAUACAGAGUGUGGAGGGGAAAGUAGGUCUAUUUAUAGCAUGGAAGAGGCAGAGGUAUAUACAGUAUGGAGAGGGACAGUAGGUCUACACAGCAGGAGAGUGACAGUAGGUCACACAGUAUGGAGAGGGACCAGAGGUCUACACAGUAUGGAGAGGACAGUAGGUCUAACAGUUUGGAGAGGGGACAGUAGUCUAGACAGUGUGGGAGGGACAGUUAAUUACACCGCAUGGAGAGAGACAGUAGUCUACACAGUAUGGAGAGGGACAGGUCUACCACAGUAUGGAGAGGGACAGUAGGUCUAUACAGUAUGGCGAGGACAGUAGGUCUUACAGUAUGGAGAGGACAGUAGGUCUAUACAGCGUGAGAGGGACAGUAUUCUACACAGCAUGGAGAGAGACAGUAGGUCUUAUACAGAAGUAGGAGAAGGAAAGUAGGUCUACACAGUAUGUGAGAGGAACAGUAUAGGUUUAUACAGAAGGGAGAGGCAGUAGUAGGUCUAUACAGUAUGGAGAGGGAAGGUCUCUACACAGAUGGAGAGAGGACAGUAGGUCUACACAGUAUGGAGAGGGACAGGUCUAACACAGUAUGGAGAGGGACAGUAGGUCUACACAGUAUGGAGAGAGACAGGUAGAAGGGUCUACACAGUAUGGAGAGAACAGUAGGUCUAUUACGCCGUUGGAGAGGCGAACAGUAUAUUACACAGCAGGGAGAGAUGACAGUAGGUCUACACAGUAUGUAUGGAGAGGGGACAGGUCACACAGUAUGGAGAGGGACAGUAGGUCUAUACAGUAGGAGAGGACAGAUGGUCGAUCACAGUAUGGAGAGGGGGACAGUAGAAUUAUACAGUAUGGAGAGGGACAGUAGGUCUAUACAAGCGGUGGAGAGGGACAGUAUAUCUACACAGCAUGGAGAGGACAGUUAGUCUAUACAGUAUGAGAAGGACAGUAGAGUCUUACACAGUAUGGAAGGGGGACGUAGUCUAUACAGUAUGGAGAGGGACACAGUACGCGUCUAUACAGUAUGGAGAGGGACAGUAGGUCUAUACAGUAUGGAGGAGAGACAGGAGGUCUUACACAGUAUGAGAGGGACAGUCUACACAGUAUGGAGAGGGACAGGUUCUACACAGUAUGGAGAGGGAAGUAGGUCCAUACAUAUGGAGAGGGACAGUAGGUCUAUACAGUAGGAGAGGGACAGUAGGUCUACACAGCGUGGAGAGGGAUAGUAUAAUCUACACGCAUGGAAGGGGGGGGACAGAGUAGCGUCUUAUACAGCGUGGAGAGGGAACAGAAGGUAAUAUAACCAGCGUGGAGAGGGAACAGUAGGUCAUACAGCGUGGAGGGGACAGUGGGUCUAUACAGUAUGGAGAGGGAACAGUCGUCUAACAGUAUGGAGAGGGCCAGUCGGUCGAUAAGCGGUGGAGAGGGACAGUAUAUCUACACAGAAUGGAGAGAGAGAGAGAACGUAGGUCUACACAGUAUGGAGAGGCGACAGGUCUACACAGUAUGGAGAGGGACAGUAGGUCUAUCAGUAUGGAGAGGAACAGUAGGUCGAUACCAGUAGGAGGAGGAGGACAGUGAUCUAUUAUACAGUAGGAGGAGAGACAGUAGUUCUAACAGCGGGAGAGGGACGAUAUUCUACACCAGCAUGGAGAGGGGACAGUAGGUCUAUACAGUAUGGAGAGGGACAGUAGGUUCUAUUACAGCGUGGAACGAGAGCCAGUAUAUCUACACAGCAGGGAAGCGGAGAGACAGUAGUAGGUCUACACAGUAUGGAGAGAGGACAGUAGGUCUACACGUAUGAGAGGACAGGUCUACACAGUAGGGAGAGGGACCAGUUUUGUGGAAGCAAGGUUCACCCAGCCACAGGUUUAUUUUGAUGGGCUAUACAGUAUGGAGAGGGACAGUAGGUCUAAACCGAGUGGAGAGGGAUAGUAUAUCUACACAGCAUGGAGAGGGAACAGUAGGGUCUAUACAGCGUGGAGGGGGACAGUAGGUCUAUACAGCGGGGAGAGGGACAGUAGGUCCUAUACAGCGUGUAGAGGGACAGUGGGGGUCUACACAGUAUGGAGAGGGGACAGUAGGUCUAUUACAGCGUUGGGAGAGGGGACAGUUAUCUACACAGCAUGGAGAGAAGAGAGACGUAGGUCUACACAGUAUGGAGAGGGACCAGGUCUACACAGGAUGGAGAGGGGACAGUAGGUCAUACAGUAGGAGAGGAAACAGUUAGGGUCUAUACAGUAUGGAGAGGGACAGUAGAUCUAUUCAGUAUGGAGAGGGGGGACAGUAGGUCUAUACAGCGUGGAGAGGGAAGUAUAUCUACCACAGCAUGGAGGAGGGACAGUAGGUCUAUACAGUUGGAGAGGGAACAGUAGGUCUAUACAGCGUGGAGGGGAACAGUAUAUCUACACAAGCAUGGAGAGAGGACAGUAGAGUCUAGUAGGUUCCGACACAGUAGGAGAGGGACAGGUCUACCAACAGUAUGGUGAGGGACAGUGGUCUAUACAGUGUGGAGGGACAGAGUAGGUCUAUACAGUAUGGAGAGGGGACCAGUAGAUCUAUACAGUAUGGAGGGGGACGUAGGGUCUAUAAAGCGGGAGAGGAGAAGGACAGUAGUCUACACAGUAUGGAGAGGGACAGUGAGGAUUAGGACCUAUACAGUAUGGAGAGGGACAGUAGGUUCUACAGUAGGAGGAGGGACAGUAGGUCUAUACAGUGGGAGAGAGACAGAGGUCGACACAGUAUGGAGAGGGAAGGGUCUACACAGUAUGGAGAGGGACAGGUCUACACAGUAUGGAGAAGGACAGUAGGUCUAUACAGUAUGGAGAGGGACAGUAGGUCUAUACAGCAUGGGGAGGGACAGUAGGUCUAUACAGCAUGGAGAGGGACAUAGGUCUAUACAGCGUGGAGAGGGACAGUAGGUCUAUACAGUAUGGAGAGGGACAAUAGGUCUAUACAGCGUGGAGAGGGACAGUAGUCUAUAAAGCAUGGGAAGAGGAGACAGUAGGUCUAUACAGCGUGGAGAGGGACAGUAGGUCUAUACAGUGUGGAGAGGGACAGUAGGUAUAUACAGUGUGGAGAGGGACAGUAGGUCUAUACAGCGUGGAGAGGGACAGUAGGUCUAUACAGGUUGGAGAGGGACAGUAGGUCUAUACAGCGUGGAGAGGGAAAAGUCGGUCUAUACAGCAUUGGAGAGGAAAAGUAGGUCUUUAGUACAGCAUGCGAGAGGGACAGUAGUCUAUAAAGUAUGGGAGAGGGGACAGUAGGUCUAUAAAGCAUGGAGAGGGACAGUAGGUCUAUACAGCGUAGAGAUGGACAGUCGGUAUAUAACGUAGAGAGGCAACAGUAGGUUAUACAGUGUGGAGAGUACAGUAGGUCUAUACAGUGUGGAGAGGGACAGGUAGGUCUAUACAGCGUGGAGAGGGUCAGUAGGUCUAUACAGCGUGGAGAGAAGGGACAGUAGGGUCCUAUACAGCUGGAGAGGGACAGCGUAGGUCUAUACAGUAUGGAGAGGGACAGUAGGGCAAUACAGCGUGGAGAGGGACAGUAUAGUCUACACAGCAUGGAGAGCGAGAGACAGUAGGUCUACACGUAGGAGAGGGACAGGUCUACACAGUAUGGAGAGGGAAGUAGGUCCUAUACAGUGUGGGAGAGGGACAGUAGGUCUAUACCGAUAUGGAGGGACAGUAGAUCGAUACAGUAGGAGAGGGACAGUAGGUCUAUACAGCGUUGGGAGAGGGACAGUAUAUAGAACAGCAUGAAGAGGGACAGUAGUAAGUCUAUACAGUAUGGAGAGGGACAGUGUAUAUACAGGGGAGAGGGACAGUAUAUCUACACAGCAUGGAGAGAGACAGUAAGGUCUACACAGUAUGAGGGGGAAAGGUCUACACAGUAUGGAGCGGGACAGUAGUCUAUACAGCAUGGAGAGAGGGACAGUAGGUCUAUGCUAUACAGCGUGGAGAGGGAAGAGGUCUAUAAAGCGUGGAGAGGGACCAGUAGGUAUAUACAGCGUGGGAGAGGGACAGUGGUCUAUUUUUACAGCGUGGGAGAGUGACAGUAGUUGGUCUAUCAAGUGUGGAGAGGGACAGUAGGUCUUUACAGUGUGGAGGAGAGGGAAAAGUAGGUCUAGACAGCAUGGAGAGGGAAAAGUAGUUAUACAGCAUGGAGAGAGGACAGUAGGUCUAUAAAGUAUGGAGGGGACAGAGUCACACAGAAUGGAGAGGGACAGUAGGUCUAUAGAGCGUGAGAUGAGGACAGUAGUUAUAUACAGCGUUAGAGAGGCAAAGUAAGUGUCUACUUACAGUGUGGAGGAGGACAGUAGGACUAUACAGUGUGGAGAGGGAAAGUAGGUCUUUACAGCGUGGAGAGGGACAGUAGCAGUAUGGUAUAUACAGCGUGGAGAGGGACAGUUAGGUCUAAACAGUGGUGGAGAGGGGACAGUAGGUCUAUACAGUUUGGAGAGGGACGUAGGUCUAUACAGCGUGGGAAGAGGGGACAGAGAGUCUAUACAGCGUUGGAGAUGGUGGAGAGGGAAAGUAGGGCUAUAUAGCAUGGAAGAGAGGGACAGUAGGUAUAUACAGUAUGGAGAGGGACAGUAGGUCUACACAGCAUGGAGAGGGACAGGAGGUUCCCAGUAAGGAGAGGACAGUAGAUUCAACAUAGUAUGGAGAGGGACAGGUCAACAGUAUGGAGAGGGACAGUAGGCUACCACAGCAUGGAGAGGGGACAGUAGGUUUUAUACCGCAUGAGAGGGGGACAGUAGUAGGUCUAUACAGUAUGGAGAGGGACCAGUAUUUGGGUCGAUACAGUAUGGAGAGGGACAGGUAGUCUACACCAGCAUGGAGAGGGACAGUAGGUCUACACAGUAUGGGAGGAGGGACAGUAGAUCAAACAUAGUAUGGAGAGGGACAUAGGUCAUACCGCAUGGAGAGGGAAGUAGGUCUAUUAAGUAUGGAGAGGGACAGUAGGGUCUAUACAGUAAUGGAGAGGGACAGCAGGUCUAACAGUAUGGAGAGGACAGUAGGUUCUAUACAGUAGGGAGAGGGACAGUAGGUAUAUAUUUACCAGUGUGGAGAGGGACAGUAUAUCUACACAGCAUGGAGAGAGACAGUAGGUCUCACAGUAUGGAGAGGGGACAGGUCUACCACAGUAUGGAGAGGGACAGUAGGUAUAUACAGUAUGGAGAGGGACAGUAGGUCUAUUACAGUAUUAGGAGAGGGACAGUAGGUCUUAUACAGCGUGGAGAGGGAACAGUAUAUCUACACAGAAUGGAGAGAAGAGACAGUAGGUCUAUACAUUAUGGAGACGGACAGUAGGUUACACAGUAGGGAGAGGCGAAGUAGGUUUUAUACAGUAUGGAGAGGGACAGUAGGCUAUACAGUAUGGAGAGGGGACAGGUCUACAAGUAUGGAGAGAGACAGUAGGGUCUAGUACAGGCGUUGGAGAGGGACAUAUAUCUACACAGCAUGGAAGAGACAGUAGGUCUUACACAGUAUGGAAGAGGACAGUUCUAACACGUAUGGAGGAGGGACAGUAGGUCUAUACAGUAUGGAGAGGGACAGUAGUCUAUACAGUAUGGGAGAGGGACAGUAGAUCUAUACAGAUGGAGAGAGGGACAGUGGUCUAGUACAAGCGUGGAGAGGGACAGUAUAUUCCACAGCAUGGAGCGAGAAGUGGUGAUACAGUAUGGAGAAGGACAGUAGGGUCUAACAGGAUGGAGAGGGACAGUAGGUCUAUAAGUAUGGAAGAGGGACCGAGUCUAUUACAGUAUGGAAGAGGGACAGUAGGUCUAACAGUAUGGAGAGAGACAGUAGUCUACACGUAUGAGAGGGACAGGUCAAUACAGUAUGGAGAGGAAAGGUCUACACAGUAUGGAGAGGGACAGUAGUCUAACAGUAUGGAGAGGACAGUAGGUCUCUACAGUAUGGAGAGGACAGUAGGUCUACACAGCGUGGGGAGAGGGAUAGUAUAUAUACACAGCAUGGAGGGGGACAGUAGGUCUAUACAGCGUGGAGAGGGACAGAAGGUCUAUUACAGCGUUGGAGAGGGACAGUAGGUUAUCCCAGCGUGGAGAGGACAGUGGGUCUAUACAGUAUGGAGAGGGACAGUCGGUCUAUACAGUAUUUUGUGGAGAGGGACAGUAGGUUCUAUACGCGUGGAGGAGGGAGAGGGACAGGGAGAGGGAACAGUAUAUCUACAACAGCAUGAGGAGACAGUAGGUCUACACAGUAUGGGAGAGCGGACAGGUCUACACAGUAUGGAGAGGGGACAGUAGGUAUAUAUACAGUAUGGAAGAGGACGUAGGUAUGGCUAUACAGUAUGCGAGAGGGACAGUAGAUCUAUACAGUAUGGAGAGAGGACAGAGGUCUUAUACAGCGGGAGAGGGGACAGAAUAUCUACACAGAAUAUGGAGAGGGGACAGUAGGUCUAUACAGUAUGAGAGGGACAGGAGGGUCUAUACAGCGUGUGAGAGAGCCAGUAUAUCUACACAGCAUGGAGAGAGACAGUGAGGUUACACAGUAUGGAGAGGGACAGGUCUACACAGUAUGGAGAGGGACAGUAGGUCUAUACAGUGUGGAGGAGGGGACAGUAGGUCCUAUACAGUAUGGAGAGGGACAGUAGAUCUAUACAGUAUGGAGAGGGACAGUAGGUCUAUACAGCGUGGAGAGGGACAGUAUAUCUACACAGCAUGGAGAGAGACAGUAGGUCUAUACAGUAUGGAGAAGGACAGUAGGUCUACACAGUAUGGAGAGGGACAGUAGGUCUAUACAGUAUGGAGAGGGACAGUAGGUCUAUACAGUAUGGAGAGGGACAGUAGGUCUAUACAGUAUGGAGAGGGACAGUAGGUCUAUACAGUGUGGAGAGGAACAGUAGGUCUAUACAGUAUGGAGAGGGACAGUAGGUCUACACAGCGUGGAGAGGGACAGUAUAUCUACACAGCAUGGAGAGGGACAGUAGGUCUAUACAGCGUGGAGAGGGACAGUAGGUCUAUACAUUGUGGAGAGGGACAGUAGGUCUACACAGUAUGGAGAGGGACAGUAGGUCUAUACAGCAGGGAGAGGGACAGUAGGUCUAUACAGCAGGGAGAGGGACAGUAGGUAUAUACAGCAUGGAGAGGGACAAUAGGUCUAUACAGCGUGGAGAGGGGGAAGUAGGUCUAACAGCAUUGGAGAGGGAAAAGUAGGUCUAUACAGUUAUGGAGAGGGACAGUAGGUUUCUAUAAAUCGUGGAGAGAGACAGAGGUCUAUACCAGCGGGAGAGAGACAGUAGGGUAUACACAGUAUGGAGAGGGGGACAGUAGGUCUAUACAGCGUGGAGAGGACAGUAGUGGCGAGAGGCGACAGGUAGGUCUACAUGUGGGAGGGGACAGUAGUCUACACAGUAUGGAGAGGGACAGUAGGUCUAUACAGUAUGGAGAGGGACAGUAGGUCUAUACAGUAUGGAGAGGGACAGUAGGUCUACACAGUAUGGAGAGGGACAGUAGGUCUAUACAGUAUGGAGAGGGACAGUAGGUCUAUACAGUAUGGAGAGGACAGUAGGUCUAUACAGUAUGGAGAGGGACAGUAGGUCUAUACAGUAUGGAGAGGGACAGUAGGGUCUAUACAGUAUGGAGAGGGACAGUAGGUCUAUACAGUAUGGAGAGGGACAGUAGGUCUAUACAGUAUGGAGAGGGACAGUAGGUCUAUACAGUAUGGAGAGGGACAGUAGGUCUAUACAGUAUGGAGAGGGACAGUAGGUCUAUACAGUAGGAGAGGACAGUAGGUCUAUACAGUAUGGAGAGGGACAGUAGGUUCUAUACAGUAUGGAGAGGGACAGUAGGUCUAUACAGUAUGGAGAGGGACAGUAGGUCUAUACAGUAUGGAGAGAGGACAGUAGGUCUAUACAGUAUGGAGAGGGACAGUAGGUCUAUACAGUAUGGAGAGGGACAGUAGGUCUAUACAGUAUGGAGAGGGACAGUAGGUCUAUACAGUAUGGAGAGAGACAGUAGGUCUAUACAGUAUGGAGAGGGACAGUAGGUCUAUACAGUAUGGAGAGAGACAGUAGGUCUAUACAGUAUGGAGAGAGUCAGUAGGUCUAUACAGCGUGGAGAGGGACAGUAGGUCUAUACAGCAUGUGUUUCACUCAGUAAAUUAAUGGAGCAGGCAGUGGGCCGAGUGCUGCAGUCAGAUAUCUAAGGAGGUCAGUGUGUCUCUGAUAACUUCUCCCCUGUGAUCUCUCCCUCCCUUUCUCUCCCCCUUCCCCUCACUACCGCUCUCUCUCUUUCUUUCUAUAUCCCCCUCUCUCUCUCUUCCCCCUCUACCUCUCUCUCUCUCUGCAUCUCCAGGCUGUCAGUGACUUCUGUACAGAUCCCAACAAGUUUGUGCUCAACUCCACCCACUUCAACUCUGGGACCAGCUCAGGUGCAGUAGUGCAUCUCUCCACACUAACAAAGAGUCUCGGCUCAUUUCAUUCUUAUAGCCUUUCAUUUUGAUGCUGAAAUGCCCUGACACACUGUAUUCAUUGCUGAUUGAUGGUGUGCUGCUGUCCUCUGUCCUAUCCAGACGUUUUGGAUUAUUACCUGACCUGCAGCAGACGUAUGAACAGCCCAUUCCAGCAGGUAGUAACUGUUCUCUGUAGAUGCUGUGUCUCAUGUAGUGGUGGUAGGGGGAUCAUGAUUCCAAUAACAAAUGGACUCUUCUGAGUGCCCUGAAAUUAGUGGGCUGGACCAAUGUAAAUAUAUGGGGGUUAGUAUUAUUUCUGGGCAACUCUAUAAUUCCAACCCUGGUGGCACUGAUAUAGGACAGUAAGUAAACUUGUAUUAUCUGAUAGGUACUAAUCAGGAUGUUUACAGAAUAUACAGUGUUAGCAUGAUGAUGCUAAGCAAUAUUUUCAAUGACCUGUUGUAUGCAGCUGCUGACCCAGUCACAGAGGGCCCUUUCCAGCAUCCACACACACCUCUCCAGCCUGGACCGGAACGCUCUCCCACAGGUCCCCAAGGCAGAGGUACGUCACACUGGACCUGGGUGCAACCCAUGACACAAAGUGGCUGCCAAAUAUAUCAAAGCACAGUGAUAUGUUUAUGAAACUGAGUGUGAUAUUAUCCUUACCUAUUGUCGUUGUAGAAGUCACUCAGGGAGGUUCAGCGGAUUCUCAAUGCCACAGAGGGCAACUUUCACCAGCUAGUGGCGCUACUCAACUGUCGAGGUCUCAACAAGGUAGGCCUAGUGUUUAACAUGGGGUGUAAUGAUCUCUGGUGUGUUCUUGCUGUUUUCUCAAAUCUUUUUGCUCUUUCUGUCUCUGUUUGUUAGGAUUAUAUUGACUCUUUGAAAGGCCUGUGCUAUGACGGGAUGGAGGGAUUGCUCUACCUCUCCCUCUACUCUUUCCUUUCGGCUCUGGCCUUCACUGCCAUCCUCUGUUCCCUGCCCGGCGCCUGGAGAAGCUUCCCCAGGUGUGUGUGUCUGUGUGUGUGUGUGUCUGUGUGUCUGUGUGUGUGUGUGUGUGUGUGUCUGUGUGUGUGUGUGUGUGUGUCUGUGUGUCUGUGUGUGUGUCUGUGUGUCUGUGUGUGUGUCUGUGUGUGUGUGUGUCUGUGUGUGUCUGUGUGUGAGAGAGAUAGAGAACGAGAUAUGUUAUUGAUGUCAUAACGUUGUUGUUGAUGUUGCUGACGUUUUCUACAUCGUAGUUUAACAUUUUCUCGGAACAUGCUCAGCAGUAAGGUAUGAUUGUACUAUAUUGAGGUGCAUCUCUAGGUGUGGUUUGACGUACUGGAUGAAUGUAGUGGUCCUCUGUAGCUCAGCUGGUAGAGCACGGCGCUUGUAACGCCAAGGUAGUGGGUUCGAUCCCCGGGACCACCCAUACACAAAAAUGUAUGCACGCACGACUGUAAGUCGCUUUGGAUAAAAGCAUCUGCUAAAUGGCAUAUUAUUAUUAUUAUUAUUAUUAUUAUUAAUGUGUAGUUCACUACUGUACCUCCAGGUCUGUCAGAGCUUCUGUCUGUCUGUAGUAAACAGCUUCCAGCUGUGUCACAGCCAGAAACAUGAAGGGAAAAAAAGAUUAAGGGAUCAACAAGGGGAUUAUUUUUUUCUAUUUGCGAAUAUUGAUGUAAAAUUAACAGGAGGUAUGUAUUCCAAAGGACAUUGCUGAAUGCACCAUCACAAACCAAUUCAUUUAACAUAUUAUUAUUUUACCAAAAAGUUCACAGAUGUUUUGGCUGUCUUCCACAAAUGUACAGUGUGUUCCAUAUCAGUUGCAUUGGAUGUCACAGGUUCAUAGAAAGUGUUACCAAAACACACAAUUCUUGUUCUCCUCUCCCCUCUCUCCGACGGGCGACAGUGAUUCCGAGGAGUAUGAAGAUUCGGACAGCGAGAGCGAGGACCCCUUCACUUCCCAUCAGGCACGUAGACAGCCGGCCGCGGGGUCUCAGCGAGGGGCCUUGCCCCCCUUCUAUAAUUACCAGGGGGCCGGGUGGACUCCCCCCUUUUCUAGCGCGCCACCCCUCCCGUGAGUAACACAGACACACAGACACACAGACAGACAGACAGACAGACAGACAGAGUUGCCUCAGAGAGAUCCCCCGGGAGUAAGAUGAAGUUGCCCCUAGUCACUGAUCUAAGGUCAGUUUUUUUACUGUAGUGGUUGAGGAUGAAGACUUGGGGAGGGUAAGCUGAUCCUAGAUCUGUGCCUUGGUACAACUUCAACUCGAAGCUCCCAACUGAAGCCAACAAGAUCAUGAUACUCAUAUAGGCCCAGUAUAGAGUAGUGGAGCAUGCAUGAACACACAGACAGACCUACUGACUAAGUCUGCUCUGUUAAUAGAUAGGCACAAAACAGAGACACACACAUAUUUACUUCACCACACCCUGUAAUGUUAGCGUACAUGAACACACAUGGAAACCGUUUGACAUAGGGAAUACAUUGGAUAUAGUUCUACCUCACACCCACCCGUACAUGUACAGUAAUGGAGUCGUUAGAAUCACUCUGCCUCCAUAUAGACACAUAAGGAUAGCUUCGUCAGGGGAAGGAAACACACGCAACGCAGACAGACACACAGACAGGUCUACUGUGGACUGCAGGGUAGGCAGAGUAACAGACACACAGACAGGUCUACUGUGGACUGCAGGGUAGGCAGAGAAACAGACACACAUACAGGUCUACUGUGGACUGCAGGGUAGGCAGAGAAACAGACACACAGACAGGUCUACUGUGGACUGCAGGGUAGGCAGAGAAACAGACACACAGACAGGUCUACUGUGGACUGCAGGGUAAGCAGAGAAACAGACACACAGACAGGUCUACUGUGGACUGCAGGGUAGGCAGAGAAACAGACACACAGACAGGUCUACUGUGGACUGCAGGGUAAGCAGAGAAACAGACACACAGACAGGUCUACUGUGGACUGCAGGGUAGGCAAAGAAACAGACACACAGACAGGUCUACUGUGGACUGCAGGGUAGGCAGAGAAACAGACACACAGACAGGUCUACUGUGGACUGCAGGGUAGGCAGAGAAACAGACACACAGACAGGUCUACUGUGGACUGCAGGGUAGGCAGAGAAACAGACACACAGACAGGUCUACUGUGGACUGCAGGGUAGGCAGAGAAACAGACACAACUCCAGAAGUCUGUCUUUCUGUGUGUCUGUCUAUCGGUCUGUCGAGCCUUCCAAGACAGACGUAGACCGGUCCGAUCGAUCACUCACAGAUCUUGGCUGUUUUUCAAAUGACACCCUAUUCCCCAUAUAGUGCACUACUUUGGGCCAAGUAUCCGAAAGUAGUGCACUAUAAGGGGAAUAGGGUCAUUUGAGACACAGCCCUUAAUACUGCGGCGAUAUGAGGCUCAGGUUGACCUAGGUAAAAACCCCAUCACUCCCACCCACCAUCCACACUGUGGUGUCCAAGUCUCAUGUUAUCAAGUCUCUCAAUUUACUCUCACCUCUCUCUCUCUUUCUGUCUCUGUCUUUUAUUAUUUCUUUAUCACUCCCUCUCUCUCGCUCUCUCUCUCUGUCUUUAUCACUCCCUCUCUCACUGUCUUCCUCUCUCUUUCACUUUCUUUCUAUACUUUGCAAGUCCAGUUAAUGCCCUAAGAAGUGUACUUUCCUACCUUAUGCCUUAGCAUGUACAACAUAACUAAAUGCCAAGUCCAGUUGGUGUAUACAGGCGCUGUAAACACUGUGAUCAUCAGUGUCCCUAGCCUAGAUCUAAUAGUAACAGUAUCAUGACCAAACUGCCCAGAGUAAAGUAACUCAGAUUCCAGUCACCAAAUAAACAAUAAGAAUGCAGUGGACUCCUGAUAAAUGCUCUGGUUUGGGGCUGUCUGGAAAGCAUGCACUAAAGUGGAGCAUGUGGAUAUCCAGAGCAAUUAAAAAUGAAUGUAUUUUGAAUUGGGACUGGUGAAGUCUCAAGUUUUAAGUUACAAUGCACUUACAUGUUGCACACAAAUGUGCACUUCAUCAUUGUACAUGAGUUUGCAUUUCCCAAAGUGCACUUAUCAGGAGUGGACUGUGUCUAUAAUAUCCUUGUCCCCCAUGCUGAAACCACCAGCUAUCCCGCUGCCUACGUAGACAUAGUGCCCUAAUAACACUAAUGCCACCAGUUAUAAGGAGGUCCGUUUCUACAUCACCAUUUCGCUAAUCGCUCUUCCUCCCGUUCUCUCCUUACCCCACCUCGGUUCCCUCCUUUGGCCCACCUACCUCUUUUCGUCUCCCUCUCUCUCACUCAUUCUCCACUCCUGCUCCCCUUCCUCCUCUUCUGCCUCCUCCUCCCAAUUUUCCUUUUGUUUCCUCUCUCUUUCUGUCUCUAUACAGGACUCCAAACGUUUCCUCCAAUGGCAACCCUGGCUAUGAGAGCCUACCCCUGACUGACAGGCAGUCCCCACCCCCCUCUGUGAGUUCCUUUGUAUUCGUGACAUCCUAAUCUGUGGCAUUUGUCAUCACUAUGCGUGUAAACCGUCCCUCGAGGUGUUAUUUGCCUGUACGUUUGUCGUUAGUCGAUAAUAAACAUUCUGGAUCUAACUAACUGGUGGUGGUGGUGGUGGUAGCGGUGGUGGUGAUGGUGGUGGUAGUGAUGGUAGCGGUGGUGAUGGUGGUGGUGUGGCUCCAAACUCACAGGACCCUGUAGACCAGGAGUGUAGGCAUGGGUGGGCCUGGGUGGCGUAGGCCCAUCCACAUUUCUGCAGGCCCACCUACCAACUAAAUUCUGUCUACGCACCUGCUGUAGGCUGGCAUUCUAUUUUUUUUAUUCAACUAACCUAAAGUAUGUGUACUAUCUCUUGAAUGGGAAAGCUCACUUUCUGCCCCUAACAACUGACUCCGUCGGUUGUCACCUCUCUGACUCUGGACAUGCUAGAAAGGAUGUAAAUACAGUGCUUUCUGACCACAGAUCUGAGACCUAACCCUUGACCAUUACCCUACCUUUGUCCUUUCUAGCAUUACCAUCCCAGUCCUAACUUUACAACAGUCCCUGGUGCUUGAGGUAGAAGUAGCCUCCAUCCACCUCUGAUCUGGGAUCAGAUUACCUGACACCCAUUGUCUUAACCAUUUGGAGGUAGACAAAACUGACCCUGGAUCAGUGGUUGUGGAUAACUUCUACCUCCUCUACCCCUGUUGUUGGGGGCAUAACGUGACCACGUGAGUGCUCAUCUUCAUACGUGAGAUGAUUUUGAAACAAAGAUGAAUAAUGGAGAUUUCUUGUUGUUUUCUUGUCUCCCUUCUCUCUGUACACCCUCCUCUGUGGAUCUUCAAUGGCGGCUCCCCCUUAUCCAAUCAAAACGCUGUUUCUGAAAGUACAGUACUCUCCCAGCAUGCUGACUGGUUACGGGGGUAGUCAAACACACCCCAACUCUGCCCAUUCAAGGAACCUGUAUUCACGUUAA